CGUGAGCGUACUUCAAAAGAGACAUCGCCUCAAUUGAUCCCUGCUCCCUGACUUUGCAUUUCUGUUGUUCAUCAAUUCCCCCUAUUUCUUCACAAAAGCUCAUCAUGUCCAAGGUCGCAUCUACCUUCUCGCGCCUCGUGCGCUUCGUCCCCAAGUCGAACCCUUCUAAGGUUCUGAUCGGUGAGCCCGUCGACGCCGCUGUAGAUGUUGGAUUGGCCGUCUACCAGGGCAAGGAUGUCGCUGUGCGCCCUUUCUCCGGUAGCUCCGUCCUCAGCCCCGGCCAGAAGACCGACUCGACCGAGACCAUUGAGCGCAUUCUCUCGCCUCUGGCGCAGAGCGAAGUCGGCUCCAUCAGAUGCAUUGGACUGAACUAUGUCUCCCACGCCGCUGAGAUGAAGCUGUCUAUCCCCGAUGUUCCCACUCUCUUCAUGAAGCCCUCGACUGCCCUGUCGGACCCCUGGCCCGCCCCGACCGUUCUGCCCAAGCUCACCCAGAUCGAUAACACGGGUGACUAUGAGUCGGAGAUGGUCAUUGUGAUCGGUCGUGAUGCGAAGGAUGUCAGCGAGGCCGAGGCCCUCGACUACGUGCUCGGAUAUACCGCGGCCAACGAUAUCUCUAGCCGCACGUACCAGAUGAACCAGAGCCAAUGGUGCUUCUCCAAGGGCUUUGACACUUCUUGCCCGAUCGGUCCCGUCCUCGUCUCCGCUGCUCAGGUUCCCGAUGCCAGCAAGUUCCACAUUCGUGGAUCGAAGAACGGAAAGGUCCUUCAGGAUUGCCCCUUGACUGACCUGAUCUUCAACGUGGCCCAGCUCGUCAGCUUCCUGUCCCAGGGCACCACCCUGCCUGCCGGUACUAUCAUCCUUACCGGUACUCCCCCCGGUGUUGGCGCCGCCAAGAACCCCAAGGAAUUCUUCAAGCACGGCGACGAGUUCGCCGUCGAGCUGCAGCCUCACGUCGGCACCCUCAUCACGAAGAUUGAGAACCAGGCAUGAACACUAUGAUAAUGGUACU